AUGUCGCUGAAGAGCUUCCUUCAGUUACCUUUGGAGCGCAUGAGGAGGAGGUCGCGCUUCGCUGGCGUCAUGGGGGCCAAUCAGAUGACCUUCGACCUCGGCCACAGUCCCAACACCCCUCCCGCAGACGCCAGCGGGAUCGACGCCCUCAUCCGGGACAUCGAGGCGACCUUUGACCUGGUCUUGGUGGCGGAGCGCAUGGACGAGUCCCUGGUGCUGCUCGGGAGGGCGCUGUGCUGGCCGACGCAGGACCUCGUCGCCCUCGUCAAGAACCAGAGGAUGCAGGGCGGCGAGGAGCUGGGAGAGGAAGGUGCCGUUGGGUUUCCUGGGUUGGGGCGCUCGCUCUGUGUUUAG